AUCGAUCCGGACGUGAUCUUUGGCUGCCCAAUCUCGUUGACUCGCGUGUUCCAUUUUUCCAAAGUGAGUCAAAAUACUCCGAAGAGAAAUACUUUAUUUUGUCCCAGGUCACCGACUUUCGGCACGACGAUUCACGAUCCAGAGAUCUACUACAGAUUUACCAGUUCCACCUGUGUUUUUUCUUUGUUUGUUGUAACGAAGGAGAGCUAGCCCCCCGGUGCUCCAUUAAAAUAGUUUCGUACGUCGCCGACGAUUAUCUAACAUUUUCUCUUUUUUCUUCUUUCAGAUAUGUAUGUUUUAUCAGGAUCAUAGUCUUCCUUCGCUCGAUUUCAUCACUCCGAUAUCUAACUUUAUGUUCUGCGUAUAGAAAGUUCUGCUUUAUAAGUGUCUUCUUUUUUAGUGUUUUAUUAGUACACUAUGCACAGUAGUUACGACGUGAAAUCUAGUGACGAUGUCACCACAGUACCGCAUCAGCGUAUGCAGGAGUCAGAGGCUGGAAAGCCCAACGAGAACACUUCGCUGUCUCCCAGCCACGAUCAAACCUAUUUCGCCGAUGAAAGAGUGCAAGUACCAGAAACAGGACAUACAGGUUUUAGUUUUAGAAAACUAUGGGCUUUCACGGGACCUGGGUUUUUAAUGUCCAUAGCUUAUUUGGAUCCUGGCAACAUAGAAUCGGAUCUACAAUCCGGAGUGGUAGCAAGAUACAAGUUAUUAUGGGUACUAUUAAGCGCUACUAUCUUAGGUCUCGUUAUGCAAAGACUCAGUGCGCGCCUCGGCGUAGUAACCGGUUUACAUCUGGCAGAGAUGUGUUUCAGACAAUACAAAAAAGUACCUAGACUUAUUUUAUGGUUAAUGAUUGAAAUAGCAAUUAUUGGUAGUGAUAUGCAAGAGGUAAUAGGAACGGCUAUUGCCCUUUACCUCUUAUCUAAUACAGCGAUUCCUAUAUGGGGUGGUGUUCUUAUCACAGUAAUUGAUACAUUCACAUUUUUAUUUUUGGAUAAAUAUGGAUUGAGAAAAUUGGAAUUUUUCUUCGGUUUUCUCAUCUCGAUCAUGGCAAUUACCUUUGGUUACGAGUACGUAGUUGCCGCACCUUCUCAAAUAGAUGUUAUAAGAGGUAUGUUUGUUCCAUGGUACAAUGGAAUGAAUUACGAUAACAAAGUAUUGCUCCAAGCUGUAGGAAUCGUCGGCGCAGUCAUUAUGCCGCAUAAUUUGUACCUUCACAGUGCCUUAGUCAAAUCUAGAGAUAUUGAUAGAAGACAGCCUGCAAAGAUCAAAGAUGCUAACAUGUAUUACUUCAUUGAAGCAUGCAUUGCACUAUUUGUUUCAUUUCUAAUCAACGUGUUUGUCGUGGCUGUAUUUGCUCAUGGUCUCUAUAAUAAAACGAAUAACGAUGUUUAUAAAGUUUGCGAAGCAAAUAAUUAUACACUCGGUACAAAGACUUUUCAGCAAAACAAUGCGACGUUUGAAGCUGAUCUUUACAAAGGAGGAAUCUUUCUCGGUUGCUCCUUCGGCGCAGUUGCAAUGUACAUAUGGGCUGUUGGUAUUUUAGCCGCCGGUCAAUCAUCUACUAUGACGGGUACUUAUGCUGGUCAAUUUGCAAUGGAAGGAUUUUUGAAUCUGCAGUGGGCACGAUGGAAGCGAGUCCUGUUUACUCGAACAAUCGCCAUAGUUCCUACGUUUUUGGUAGCAUUUUUGGCUGACAUGAACAAUUUGAGUGGCAUGAACGACAUUUUAAAUGCUACAAUGAGUUUACAAUUACCAUUUGCCACUUUACCAACAAUUGCUUUCACAAGCAGUGCUCAAAUUAUGGGUGAAUUUCGAAAUGGAAUACUGAAUAAAAUCGUGGCAACUGCUUUGUCAGUUCUAGUAAUAACGAUAAAUAUAUAUUUUGUGAUACAAACUGUUCAAGAAGACCUACCUCAUCAUUGGGCCAUAUAUUUAGCUAUGUGUAUAUAUGCGAUUUUGUAUCUUAUUUUUUGCGCUUAUUUAGCCAUACACAUGGCUGUGAGCAUGGGUGCAACUUCCCUCGGUAAUAACUGGUUGGUUACUAAAUAUAUCGGCACGCCCGUAAGUCCAACACUUGGUAUAUCAAAUCCUGCAGUUUAUGCCAGAACAAAUCCAGCGUUUACUAUUCAAGAAAACGGUAGUUUUUCAUCUAUAUCAGAAUGAUAAUAUCUUAACAAGAAUAUCAACAUGGAAUAUGUAGUAAACAGUUAUAUGCUACGAGGAUGACGAAGACAAGUCUGUUUAUAAUUGCACAAUUAAAUAAGAGGUAAUGUUUAGUUCUUGAUGCAUCGCACU